AGCUCGCUUUAUCUUUAUACGUUACACACACUUCUACAAUUGUUACCAAUUACCCAGAAAAAGUACUCUUUCACAAGCCAGUUUCUCUAGCUUCCACCCAUUUUAAUCGCUUGCUCAAUCCCAUCCCACAUCAACAAAGCCCUGUUAAACGAUCUCGACGAUGUCCAUCGUUCCAAUCAAUCGCAAUGACAACAACGACAACAAUGGCCGACGAGGACUUGAUCUCUACAAUCCCUUUUCUUUCGACCUCUGGGACCCAUUCCUGGAUUUUCCUUUAAUUCCCUCUUUCUCUCGCAUUUUGCCGGAAUUCAACUUCGGCACUUCUGUGAAUUCCAGGAUCGACUGGAAAGAGACCCAAGCUGCUCACGUUUUGAAAGCCGUCCUUCCUGGGUUUGGCAACGAAGAGGUGCUCGUUGAGCUUCAAGAUGAACGGGUCCUUCAGAUUAGUACGGACAGUGGAAACUUCAUGACCAGGUUCAAGCUACCAGACAACGCCAAGAUCGAAGGGCUGAAGGCCUCUAUGAAUUAUGGGGUUCUCACUGUCACAGUCCCUAAGGAGGAAUCGAGGAGCCCGCCCAACGUCAGAGUCGUUGAAAUUUCUGGAGAAGAUUGAGGUCCUCUUUUUCGUCCCCCUUUUGCUUAUCAAGUGUUCUAGUUUUUGGCUUAGCUGCACUUGUAUGGAUGUUGGUUUUUAACUUUGAAGUGAUGGUUUGAUUGGGUUUUUUCCAGUUUGUGGAGAAAAGUGUUUGAUACUGUCCUUCAGGGUUUCAAUGUGUGAUCCGUUGGUGUAGUUUUUUCUGUACCAGUGAAAUGUUGUCGUAUGCCAAUAUGUAAUAGUAAUCUCUAAAUAGAUGUGUAAGGGAUUGUCUCUA